AUGCACGCAACUGACCAUGGCCUUGCGCAGGUCAUCAUUCUAGGCGACAGCGGUGUGGGCAAGACCAGUUUAAUGAACCAAUAUGUGAACAAGAAAUUCUCCACCUCGUACAAAGCCACCAUUGGCGCCGACUUCCUCACCAAGGAAGUCACCGUCGACGAUCGAAUCGUGACCCUCCAGAUCUGGGAUACCGCCGGUCAAGAACGGUUUCAGUCGUUAGGCGUUGCGUUCUACAGGGGAGCAGAUUGUUGCGUCCUCGUCUACGACGUCAACUCUGCAAAGUCAUUCGAAACCCUCGACUCCUGGCGCGAUGAAUUCCUCAUCCAAGCUUCUCCCCGCGACCCCGAAUCUUUCCCCUUCGUGGUAUUGGGGAAUAAGAUCGACCUGGGCGAAGACAGAAGAAUGGUUUCGCAAAAGAGAGCACAUGCUUACUGCCAGAGUCGCGGGCAAAUGCCGUACUUUGAGACCAGCGCAAAGGAGAGUAUCAAUGUGGAACAGGCGUUUGAAGUUAUUGCCAGGAACGCGCUGACACAGGAGGAAAGUGAGGAAUAUGGUGGUGACUUUUCGGAUCCGAUCAACAUCAAUCUUGAUCAGGAGAGAGAUGGAUGUGCUUGUUAG